CGGCCCGCGCCCCGGCCCCGCUCGCCCCGCAGCCAUCGGCGCGGGCCAUGUCGGAAGUGAGGAAGUUCACCAAGCGGCUGAGCAAGCCGGGCACGGCCGCCGAGCUGCGGCAGAGCGUCUCGGAGGCGGUGCGGAGCUCCUUCGUGCUGGAAAAAGCCAAAGUGAUUGAACCUCUGGACUAUGAGAACGUGAUCCUUCAACGCAAAGUUCAGAUCUACAGUGAUCCCCUCCGGGAUCUGCUGAUAUUUCCAAUUGAAGAUGUCUCUAUCUCAGUCAUCAGUCGACAGAGAAGGACUGUCCAGUCAACAGUGCCAGAAGAUGCUCUGAAGAGAGCCCAAAGUCUUUUUGUCAAAGAGUGUAUUCGGACCUACAGCUCAGACUGGCACGUGGUAAACUACAAGUAUGAGGAAUACUCAGGAGACUUUCGGAUGUUGCCAUGCAAAUCCUUUAGGCCAGACAAGAUUCCAAGCCAUGUGUUUGAAAUUGAUGAAGACUUUGAAAAGGAUGAGGAUUCAUCAUCCCUGUGCUCCCAGAGGGGUGGUGUGAUAAAGCAAGGCUGGCUGCACAAAGCAAAUGUCAAUAGCACUAUCACUGUUACCAUGAAGGUAUUCAAGAGGAGAUAUUUUUACUUGUCGCAACUCACUGAUGGCUCCUAUAUUCUUAAUUCCUACAAAGAUGAGAAAAUUUCCAAAGAAUCCAAAGGCUGUAUUUUCCUGGAUGCCUGCAAUGACGUUGUUCAGUGUCCUAAAAUGCGCCGUUACGCAUUUGAACUCAAGACAAUAGACAAGUACAGCCACUAUCUGGCAGCUGAAACUGAGCAGGAGAUGGAAGAGUGGCUGGUAACUCUGAAAAAGAUCAUUCAGAGCAAUACUGAGAGCUUGGUGCAAGAGAAGAAAGAUACUGUGGAAUCUGUGCAAGAUGAUGAAUCAAGUACGCAGGGAAAAUCAGAGAACAUCCUGGAGAGCCUGGAGAGAAGCAUGCAUCCCGAGCUGAUGAAGUAUGGGAGAGAAACAGAUCAGCUGAACAAACUGAGCAGGAACGAUGGGAGACAAAACCUCUUUUCAUUCGACCCAGAAGUCCAGAGGCUGGACUUCUCGGGGAUGGAGCCAGACGUGAAGCCCUUUGAGGAGAAGUGCAGCCGGCGCUUUGUGGUGUGCUGCCAGGACUUCUCCCUCAACCUCCUGGCUCAGCUCAGCGAACGGUCCGAAGGAGGACCCACCAACGUUGAGCCCUUUUUCCUGAGCUUGGCGUUAUUUGACCUGAAAAAUAAUUGCAAGAUUUCAGCUGACUUCCAUGUAGACUUGAAUCCUCCUUCUGUCCGUGACAUGCUGCUGGAUAACUCUGCCUCUGGAGCUGAGGACACCAAGGGACAGUCUCCAGGAGAAAGCCUCAUCCAUGGGGUCCCUGAGUCGUGCCUGCGCUACAUAAAACGGGGGGUUUUCUCUGUGACUGACCCUCAUGUGGAGAUCUUCCUGGUGGCCCGUGUGGAGAAGGUGCUGCAGGGCAGCAUUACUCACUGUGCAGAGCCAUACAUGAAAAACUCAGACCCAGGGAAGACCGCCCAGAAGGUCCAUAAGGUGGCCAAGCAGGUGUGCAGCCGUCUGGGGCAGUACAGGAUGCCCUUUGGCUGGGCUGCCAGACCAGUUUUCACAGACUCCCAGGGCACUCUUGAUGCUGAAGGAAAAUUCUCACCUCUGUACAAGCAAGACAGCAGCAAACUCUCAAAUGAAGAUAUGCUGAAGCUUUUAGCAGAGUAUAAGAAACCAGAGAAGACAAAACUGCAGAUCAUUCCAGCCCAGUUAAAUAUUGUCAUCAAAGACGUCCCACUAGACUUCACAAAUUGUGUCACAGCUUCUUAUAUUCCUAUAAAGCCUUUUGAAAAGAGCUGUGAGAACGUUGCAGUUGAAGUGGAGGAGCUUGUCCCAGAAGUUGCAAAAUACUGCUAUCCCUUCACUGUCUACAAAAACCACCUCUAUGUCUACCCCUUGCAUUUGAAGUAUGAGAACCAGAAAGUGUUUGCAAAGGCAAGGAAUAUUGCUGUCUGUGUUGAGUUCAGGGAUUCGGAUGAAGCUGAUGCCAGGCCGUUAAAGUGUAUAUAUGGCAAACCCGGAGGCCCUCUCCUGACCACAAACGCAUAUGCUGCCGUGCUGCACCACAACCAGAGUCCAGAGUUCUAUGAUGAGAUUAAAAUUGAGCUUCCAAUUCACCUCCAUCAAAAGCAUCAUUUGCUUUUCACCUUCUAUCAUGUCAGCUGUGAAAUUAAUACAAAGGCAACAUCGAAAAAACAGGACACCGUUGAAACUCAAGUGGGAUAUGCCUGGGUCCCGUUGCUGAAGGAUGGAAGGAUUGGCACCCUGGAGCGGCAUCUGCCAGUUUCAUCCAACCUUCCACCUGCCUACCUGGGGCUUGGAGACACAGAGGCACGAAGGCAGCCCAGUGUGGAUGCAAAGUGGGUGGAUGGAGCAAAGCCACUGUUUAAAAUCAGAAUCCAUUUGGACUCGACCAUUUACACCCAGGACAUGCACUUGCACAAAUUCUUCCAGUACUGCCAGCUGGUUCAGGCGGGAUCUAAAGUCGUCCCAGGAGAGCUCAUUAAAUACCUGAAGUGUUUGCACGCCAUGGAGAUCCAAGUAAUGAUUCAGUUUCUACCUGUAAUUCUUAUGCAACUAUUUAGAGUCCUUACAAAUGUGACGCAGGAAGAUGAAGUGGCCGUCAACUGUACCAUGGUUCUUCUGCACAUCGUGUCCAAGUGCCACGAAGAAGGUCUAGACCACUACUUGCGCUCCUUCAUAAAGUACGUCUUUCGAGCUGAGAAACCCAGUGUCACACGGGCGAAGAUGACCCAUGAAAUCCUGGUCCUCUCCAUGGCCACAAUCUUGAAGCAAUCAGCAGAUUUCCUAGCCAUCAAUAAGCUACUCAAGUACUCGUGGUUUUUCUUUGAAGCACUGGCGAAGUCAAUGGCAAUGUACUUACUGGAAGAAAACAAAAUCAAGCUGCCCCGAGGCCAGCGGUUCCCUGACUCCUACCAGCACGCCCUGCACUCCCUGCUCCUCGCCAUCAUCCCUCACGUCACCAUUCGCUACAACGAGAUCCCCGAAGAGUCCAGGAAUGUCAACUUUAGCUUGGCUAACUUCCUGAAGCGUUGUUUGACCUUUAUGGACAGAGGAUUUGUUUUUAACCUGAUAAAUGAUUACAUUUCUGGAUUCAGCCCAAAAGACCCUAAGCUGCUGAUUGAAUACAAGUUUGAAUUUCUUCAAACCGUUUGCAAUCACGAGCACUACAUUCCUCUGAACUUACCGAUGACCUUUUCUAAACCCAAGCUGCAAAGAGUUCAAGAUGUAAAUCUUGAAUACAGUUUAACUGAUGAGUAUUGCAGACAUCAUUUCCUGGUGGGGAUGCUUCUCAGAGAAGCCUCUGUUGCCUUGCAGGACAACUAUGAUAUCAGAUAUACGGCCAUCUCAGUCUUAAAAAAUCUCUUGAUAAAGCAUGCCUUCGACAACAGAUACCAGCACAAGAACCAGCAGGCAAAAAUAGCCCAGCUCUACCUGCCACUGUUUGGGCUGCUUCUGGAGAACCUGCAGCGAGUGGCCAGCCGCGAAGCACUCUACUCCUGCACCGCCGCCUCCAGCCCCGCAUCCAGGGAUGAAUUCAUGUGCAGUUUUGCAUCUCCCUCAAAUAGAUCCAGCCUGAUUGCAGACAAAGAUACAGCCUGUGGAGCAGGACUUCCAAAUGGCCAUGCAAUAAAGCGAGAGGACUCAAAAGGAUCCCUCAACUCAGAGGGAGCAACCAGUUCCCCGGAUCAGAGUGAAAAUGUCCGCAGAAGCUCCACGAGGAGCAGCGUGUCGCACUGCAGCCGGCUGGACCCCUUUGAGAUCCGGACACUCCUCAUGUGCUACCUCUACAUCGUCAAGAUGAUCUCUGAAGAUACUCUUUUAGCUUACUGGAACAAAUUCUCCCCACAAGAGUUGAUCAAUGUCCUCAUGCUUCUGGAGGUGUGUUUGUUUCACUUCAGAUACUUGGGGAAGAGAAAUAUUGCCAGCUCCUGCAUGAGACUCCCAGGCCCAGGCACUGCUGGCAAGUUGGCAGUGUCCCCCACAGCCGGCUGCAGGGUGCAUGACGCCUGGUUAUCCAAGCACACGGGAGCUGAUAGGAAAUCCCAGACGAUGCCGGCGCUCCGCAGCAGAGCCGGGGGGAUGCAGGUGCGGCUCCAGCACCUGGGCAGCUUGGACACCUCCUUCACACUCAAUCACAAUGCAGGCACCUCAGAAGCAGAUAUUGUGCACCAGGCGUUACUGGAAGGCAAUAUUGCCACCGAAGUCUGCCUGACAGUCCUGGACACCAUCUCCUUUUUCACUCAGAGUUUUAAGACCCAGCUUUUAAGCAACGAUGGCCACAAUCCACUCAUGAAGAAGGUUUUCGAUAUUCAUCUGGCUUUUCUCAAAAAUGGCCAAUCAGAAGCAGCUCUUAAGCAUGUGUUUGCCUCUUUGAGAGCUUUCAUUAGCAAGUUUCCCUCAGCAUUUUUCAAGGGAAGGGUGAACAUGUGCGCUGCCCUCUGCUAUGAGAUCCUGAAGUGUUGCACUUCCAAGGUGUCCUCCACAAGGAACGAGGCUUCGGCUCUUCUGUAUCUGCUGAUGAGAAACAACUUUGAGUUCACCAAAAGGAGAACAUUUCUGAGAACACAUCUUCAGAUAAUAAUUGCAGUGAGCCAGUUAAUAGCAGACGUGGCACUCAGUGGUGGGACAAGAUUUCAAGACUCCUUGCUCAUCAUUAACAACUUUGCAAACAGUGAUAGACCUAUGAAGGCAACUGCUUUCCCUUCCGAAGUCAAAGAUUUGACAAAGAGAAUCCGUACAGUGCUUAUGGCUACUGCUCAAAUGAAAGAACAUGAAAAGGAUCCAGAAAUGUUGAUUGAUCUACAGUACAGUUUAGCCAAAUCUUAUGCAAGUACCCCAGAGCUCCGGAAAACGUGGCUGGACAGUAUGGCAAAGAUACACGUGAAAAAUGGAGACUUUUCAGAGGCAGCCAUGUGCUAUGUUCACGUAGCAGCCCUUGUUGCGGAGUUUCUGCACAGGAAAAAACUCUUCCCCAGUGGAUGCACUGCCUUCAGGAAAAUCACUCCCAACAUUGAUGAAGAAGGUGCAAUGAAAGAAGAUGGUGGGAUGAUGGAUGUACAUUACAGUGAGGAAGUGCUGGUGGAGCUGCUGGAGCAAUGUGUAGAUGGCCUGUGGAAAGCAGAGCGAUAUGAAACCAUUUCUGAAGUUUCCAAGCUGAUCAUCCCUAUCUACGAGAAGCGGCGGGAAUUUGAGAAACUUACUCAGCUGUACAGAACACUUCAUGGAGCAUAUGCUAAGGUACUGGAAGUAAUGCACACAAGGAAGAGGCUUCUUGGAACCUUUUUCAGAGUGGCCUUUUAUGGACAAACAUUCUUUGAAGAAGAAGAUGGGAAGGAAUACAUCUAUAAGGAACCCAAGCUGACAGGCCUCUCGGAGAUCUCCUUCAGACUUCUUAAACUUUAUGGAGAAAAAUUUGGGUCGGAGACUGUAAAGAUUAUCCAGGAUUCUAACAAGGUGAAUAUUAAAGAUCUUGAUCCCAAGUAUGCCUAUAUUCAAGUGACUUAUGUGAAGCCUUAUUUUGAAGACAAAGAGAUCUCUGACAGAAAGACUGAAUUUGAAAGAAAUCAUAACAUCAAUAGAUUUGUAUUUGAAACUCCGUACACUUUAUCUGGAAAAAAGCAUGGCAAUGUGGAGGAGCAGUGUAAAAAAAGGACCAUUCUAACAACUCUGAACUCCUUUCCAUAUGUAAAGAAGAGAAUUCCAGUCAAUUAUGAACAUCAGGUCAAUUUAAAACCAAUUGAUGUGGCUACUGAUGAAAUAAAAGACAAGACAGCAGAGCUGCAGAAACUCUGCUCUGACGGUGACGUUGACAUGAUCCAGCUGCAACUCAAAUUGCAAGGCUGUGUUUCUGUGCAGGUUAAUGCUGGUCCUUUGGCCUAUGCCAGAGCUUUCCUAAGUGACAGCCAGUCCAGCAAAUAUCCUACUAAGAAGGUGAAUGAGUUAAAAGAAAUGUUCAGGAAGUUUAUACAAGCCUGUGGAAUCGCUCUGGAGCUCAACGAGCGACUCAUUAAGGAGGAUCAAGUGGAGUACCAUGAGGGGUUAAAAUCAAACUUUCGGGAUAUGGUGAAAGAACUUUCUGACAUCAUCCACGAACAGAUCUACCAUGAAGAUACAAUGCAUUCGCCAUGGAUGCACGACUCCCUGCACGUCUUCUGUGCCAUCAGCGGAACAUCUGGUGAUGGAAGUUACUGUUCACUCAGACCCACUGCUGAAAUAUAAACAUAUCAGUCUUAUGUUACAGAGCUUUCUCAGGAAUACUUGGAACUGUACAAAGGAUGGUAAAAAAAUUCCAUGAUAAGCAAAGAUUCACAGUUGGGUUGUGGUUUUUUUUCCCCCCCGAAGCUUGCCAUGCUUUCAAACAGGGUGCUUGCUUAUUUUGCUAAGCAGCAUUGAAAGUGCCUGGACAUUGCACCACUGUGCUUGUUUUCUACUUGUUUUUCUUUUUUAAGCUCACUGUAUAACAAGCCAUGGAAAGGCAGUUACCUAAAUCUGUACUGAAUUGCUGAACUAUGAAUUGAAACAGUAACGGUACUGUGUAAAGUUGUACAAUGGAAGAGAAUAAAGUGUAAAACUACUCUGUAAAUAGAAGGAGCAUAGAGUAUAUAGAAAUUAGCAUUAUGUCUUAUUUGCUGCUAAAAGCUUUGAUGGUCAGGGAACAUGAAGGAGACAUUGUAGUUACUAGUAAGAGACCUUCGUCUGACAUGGGGUCCAGGUGCCCCUGUUGCACUCCAACAGAGUAAACUUGCCCUAAUCUGGAAUAACUAAAAUCUAAGUCAGAAACAGUCACUUUCACACAUUCCCUGAGCAGAUGACUAUCAAGUAACCUCUAUGAGAGAUGGGCUUACUGCAGCUGGUGACAAUUUUGGCUGCAAAAGGAUGGGUUGUCCUCACUGAGGACAACCAAAGAGGUUUGUCAUUUGAUGAGAACUUUUCUAUUUACCACUCACAGUCUCAUGCACAUAUAAACUCUGAGCACACCUUAAACUGAGCUGGAAAUUACAAGGUGCAUUAACAUCUUUCAUAAAAAUUUUAACCAUCUCUGAAAUGUGCUUUAAAAUUUAAAUUAAAAAAAAAAGGUGGCACUCAAAAAACAUUUGAGGGGGUUUUUUAACAUCUUAUGACAUGCAUGUUCCCUCCUAACUGUUAAACAGACUUGUUUUCUGAAAGGCUGUUAUUUUUCUCUGACAGGUAGUAGGAGAAAAUGUGUUUUUCAGAACUCUUUUAUUCCUCCUUCCCAUCCCCAAAGCUUUAAUAUAUUAUCUCUGUCCCUUUUGAAUGAGACACUUCCAGAUGCCAGAAGAAGAGAACAGAUCACUAAUUCUUUUAUGCAGCAAUAUUUUUAACAUCUGUCUUUUUCAAAAUCAUAUCCAUUGUAAAUAUGGUUCCAGUAGUUCAGAUGGGAAAGGUGGGGGGUUUCUUAAGGAUAUGUAACAAAAUGCCAUAAUAAAAGGACUCCAGAUGGGUAUUUAGCUUGGCUAUAGUAUUUAUAAAAUGUUACACUUCCAAAUUUCUGUAACAACAACAAAAAAAAAUCUUCAAAUAGUAACCAGACCACAUCUCAAAAUAUUUAUGAUGCAUGAUUCUAAAUACCUAAAAUUGGCUUCUGAGAAAAGAAUGUGAACUGUAAAUGUACCCCUUAGCUGUUGCAAGAAAAAGACAGACGUGCCUAUGUAACAAACAGAACAUAUUUUAGCUUGUAUGUGCUUUUAUGCCAGGCAGGCUCUAAAUUUAGCAAGAGAGAAAGAGGAAGAGAGAUUAGUAUGCUUAAGUAUGGUUACAACCUUAUCGAUUUUCAUCUCUCAGCAAAUUGUACUGAGAGGCUGAUAGUGAGAGUUUUCAAAAUAUUUUACUGAAAGGUGAUGAGGCUGUUUAACAGUGGACACAUGACAAGGGGUUUUUUUGGAACUAGUUAAAUUCUAAACAUCAGUACUGAAGACAUAUCUUGAGUACAGUCAGCAAUGAUGAGAUGUGAACACUCUAAAGCUCUUGCACUGUAGCUCUCUAUCCUACAGCUAACCUAUUGGUUUUCCUGGAAUUGCAAUGAAAUUCUUAUUCGUAUGUUCUUGAUGUCUUUAAUGUUCUGAAAUAACAUUGUUGUCUGAAUAUUCAAUUACAAUUCCUUAUUUUUUCUGGAAUUCCAGUGAAAUUCUUACUGGCAUUUUUGGAUGUCUGUAACAGUCCAAGAUGAAUUUUUGUCUGAACUUGUCAAUUUAUUGUUGAUAUCAGAGUUGUCCCAUAUGAAACUUGUCGGUUUCAUACACUGGAAAGCUGUCACAAUGAUUCCAGACAAAAAGUAAGUAUUUAAUACCAGCCCAAUUAGAAUAGAUACAGUCAGUACAGUUCAGAAUACGAGCUUGUAUGCAGCUUUGAUGAAUGACAAAACCGAUCAUGCCUGAAGGAUUUGUGUUCUGCCCUGCAGGAAAACCAUUUGAUUGGAUUUCUAACAGAAAAAUCUCAAAGGAAAAUGUCUUCCUUUUUAGAGGGGUUAGAAAAAGACUGGCAACAAACCAGCUUGGUUUUUCUUUACAUUUUCAACAAUGUAGAAAUGAUAGAGUGGUCAUUAGAUAUUUUAUAGCUGUAUCUGGAAAACAAUGCCAGGAAGGUGUUCACACUUUCCCUUACUAUCCUUUUCCUAAGUAAUUGUCCCAUUUUAAAGUCCUCCAGCCUUUUUUUCUUAUUCCUGAGUGAAAUAGCUUAAUUCACAGACACAUCUGGGGAUUGUACUAUAUAUGUGGCCAUUUUAUGUACCUGGUACUCACCUUGGGUGCUUCCUAUUUGCUGCCUUUUUUGGAAGAAUGCAAAUGUUUAUUGUUCACUAACACUUUUGUUUUUCUUAUACCACCUAAGGAAUGGCAGGAGUGUUUUGGUCUGUAAAAAUUAGUAGGUGUAUUUCAAAUGACAGCUUGGUAUGCACUCUUUCUAGAUACCAAUAUAGCUAAACAUAUGUAUUUUAUGUGAACACCUCUAAUUACUUUUGCUGCAAAGGUGCACACUGUCUUCAGAAGGGAUGAAUCGGUAAUUUUGCAUAAAAUGAGAAGAAACAUGAUAAAUUAUCUGUCUGUGAGGAUUAAGAGCACUUGUCUACUCUGAGUAUCAGGACUGUUCUGGGUAAUGGUAUGUGUUAGAGACAGAUUGUUUACAAAUAGGACGUAUAAAGCAAUACAAGGUCUGCCAGUACUUUAUGUUCAAGAACAUGCUCUUAGUUUAUACGCCUAGACAGAGUAAGCCAAGUGUAAACAUUUAGUCUCUUCUUUGACCUACUGCUUUUCUCUCUGCAGAGAGAUAAGAAAAUAGUAUUUUAAGACCAAUAACUUCAGAGUUACAUUUUUUGCCCUCCUUCCCCUCAAAAAAAAACCUAGAAUGCAGAAUUUACUGCCGCCAAGGAUGUAUUUCUGCAUUCCACUCCAUGCUCUAAAUUUCUUUGGAUAACAGAAAUUUUCAUGAGAUGGGCCAACAAACGGGAAAUUGUGGAUGUCAGAAUAUCCGUCGUGUGUGACGUGUUUAUUUUGUUCCAGAAGCAUUUUGAACACAUGCCACGUGGUAUUUUGGUAUAGAAUAAGAAUUUACAUAAACAUAACACCUUUUGUCUCAAAGGAGAUAAAAUAUAUUUGUUUUCCCUUCCUGUAGAGACGGAGUCCCCUGGACUUCACGUCAGGCUUCGGCAUAGCCCUACAAUUUGAUGUAACACAGCCUAAAAGAACAUAAGUGGAAGUCAUGGGCUUAGAAGUCUCAUACAAAUAAAACCACAUCUUACUCAAUUUACCCACUUGAGGAGAAUAGUGUGUAUUCAUUUGAUGUUCACUGAGCUGAGUUCUAAUUACACAAGUUCUUACUGGAUUGAGAAAUACUGUGUACAGCUAAUUAUUGUGCAGCCACAGACUUCAGUACUUAACCUUUCAAUAAUAUGCUUGUGUCAAGCAAUGGUGGACCAAUUAUGAUAUAUACAUAGUAGUUCAGCUAUUUUGGAUGUAAUUUACUCUCUUUUCAUGUAAAUUUAACACCUGCUACUACAUAUUCAUAACAGAAGUGCUUUUAUCGUGCAUGUUGUACAUAUGUGUGUUGUGCUAGCCCUGUUUAACCUUCUGUGUGUGACAAUAGAACAGUGCAUCCCAUCUGCCUGUUAACAGAUGUACCUGUGACACCGAGGAGUACACGCUGCUGCUCCAGAGCUCUCUGGGAUCAGCAACCCUGUAUGUUCUCUGUAGUUUUGUUUUCUUUUUCUUGAAAAAUCAAGAAUUUUGAUAAGACACCAGGGCAAAAUCAUAGUUCAGUUGAUUCAGGUAAAAGAGAAGUUUGUUCCAGGUCAAAAUAAAAGACUCA